UCUUCUUCUACUGUGUGCUACUACACUGAGCACCAACACUAACAUCUUCACUGCUCUUUAGUGGCCUCUUCUCUUUUACCUUGGUCAACAUGAUCAAAAACUCAUUUCACCCGCAAGCUAUUCCGGAGAGGUGUUUUUCUCUGACACAUCAUCCCCGUCCUCUUCAUAUCCAACCGGGGCUUCCAUGUUUGUUUCUCCUCCCUCCUCCAGCAAACUGAAACAUUCCCGCAGCUGGAGCGCCAUAUCCCCACAGAGUCUCAAUUCCCGCAGCAGCAGGGGCUUGAGCUCAGUGGAGGAGAUUGGCGAGUGGGCAGACAAGGAGGUAGAGAGGCCUUCUCAUGCCUCCCUUGAGCAUUUGAACUUCUACAAGAGGACCAGGCCCAUAAAAGUCUCCAGAGAGCUAAGCAGCCCAAAGAAAACCGGGGAGACAUUUCCUAAAGCCAAAGAGCAACAUCACAGUCCCAAAAAGACUGAGAGUCAGGCACAGGACGAAGCACUGAGCAGGAGAAGGACGUCACAGAAGCAGGUGAAAACACGAUCCACGAGCCCGAGGAAGUCUCUGCAAGCUGGACAGCAAGUGGCUUCAACCGUGCAGCGCACAGAGCAACAACAAGGACCUCAGAGGAGAUUAAAAGACUCUUCCAGCAGAGAGAGCUUGAAUCAUGAAAAGAGAAACGGCAAAGGGGGGACUCUCGAGAUCAGACAGUACUCUCAAGGAAAGGAGAUGGAAGGGAGAGGAGAUAGAACAAGGUCUGGCCGUGAGCAAGAAAGUGUUCAAAGAAGAGUGGUGGAAGAUUCUCAGCACCACAGGGUUUCUCCUAAUACAGGGAGACAAGCAGAGAAGGGUACAGGUAAAGACUCAAGGCAGAGAGAUGCUAUUGGGAGGAGCAAAUCUACAAAAGAAAGGAAUACAAGUAAAGAGGCAAUCAUCAGGAGGGAAUCACAGUUUUCAUUUAAAGAUGCGCUGAGUAGGAAAGGUUCUGUUGUUUCACCAAAAGGAGCUGAAGAUACAUAUACGUUCUCCAAAGAAGUCCGUGGUAGGGAGGACUUUGUGGCCUCUACGAACAGUUUCCCAGGGACCCCGCAGAGUCCUAAAGGACCUCUAAGUCCUGGACCUUGGAAAGUACCCAGCUCAGCCAAAAUCCUCUCUGCAGCAGAAGUCUUUCGUGACCCUUUGUGAUAGAAUAUUGAAUCAACAAGACUAGCGCUGUGCCAUGGAAUAUUUAACAGCACCCUCUGUGGAUUGUUUUUCUGAGUUCAUCCAUAAAACAGAAAAGCUCAACCCUGUGCCACUUUUAUUACCUUUGGACCAGAUUUGUCUUUUUUGACAAGGUCUUUUUUUGGGAGUCCUGUGACAUCACCUGUGGCAUGUAGCAGCUCCCCCUCUCCGCCUUGUCCGCUGCUUCAGCAGUCUUUGAUGUGGGGUUUUAGCAUGUGCGGCAUGCUCGGGGCCUUGCCAGAAUUUUUUUUUUUUUUUUUUAAAUGUGAAUAUGUGCCAAUCCUGGGAGCCUCCUGUGGAACUACGACUACCAACAGCGCUUCACCCAUUACAAUGCAAUGACCCAUAUGCAAAGAAAGGCCUCUAGCCUGUAGUAUACACCACUUAGGACUGUCACCUGGGGUUUCAUUUUGCUCUCAAAGUCAUUGUGGAAUACUUUGACUUGUCUUUUUCUUAAAAAGUUUGCUCAACUGCAUGCAGUAGAUCCUUCAGUUUGUUUUUUCUGCACGUGUUCUGCACAUCACUGAGGAUGAUCCUGUUUCUUGUUUCUAAUUCUCAUUCUCGACACCAAGCAGAUUUCUAAUACAACCCAGCAAGCGCUCACUUUACCAGGGACUCUAGACUGUUCUAUGGUUAUAGUCACGCCUCUCCUCCGUAUAAAAAGUAUCAUUUAAAAGACCAGAAACUUGUGGUUUGAGAUCUUGUUUACCAUGUGUAUGAUAACCAACCCGUGUGUAAUUUAUUGAGAUAAUAGAUUGAUAUGUGUAUAUGUAGCUGUACCAAGCCAUUCCACAUUUUGAUAUAGACUUCAAAGAUUUGUCCCAUGUUAUUUGAGCUCUCACUUUCCUUCCAAUGUUCUUCGGUGGUAGGACUUACCAUGGAUCUUGUAGUACAUGAACUGUAUAGGUAAUGUGCAAACUGCUGUACCAAAUGUUUGCAAUCGCUCAAAACGUGUCUCAUUGUGAAAUAUAAUAUAAUAUAUAUAUUUGAAUGUGUCAUGUUUUGCAGAUUCUAACUUUUAAAAUAUCUAUUGAAUUCCAUUGCACUGCAUCUGCCCUUGUAGCAAAACAGAAUGACCAUGAGUCGUAUUUAAUUCGUGAUGUUGACUUUCUACCAUGCAUUGCCAUUUUUUUAUUUUUAUUUUUAUUUUAUAAAGACAAUUGAGUUUUUAUUGUAAGUUUUUUUUGUCAAUCCUGCUGUGUGAUUAUGUGCCAGGGUAUAGCUUGAAGGAUAAAGGAGCUUUGAGAGUUAUGUGGAGGUUUAGAAAGAUAUAAAGCAUGCUGCUGAUUUAAGACAGGUUUACAGGGAUCCAAUCUUCCAACACACUUUAAGGGUAGUUUAGCUGUAGGCUUUAAAAUACACAACAACAUGCAUCGGGUCAGUGAAAGUGAGACAUAAGCUGUGUUUCCACCAAAUGAAGCUGGAACUUUAGUCCCAGGAGCAAAUUGUCAAGGGAUUAACAUUUUUGGUAAAACAAGUUUAUUCUGUUCAAGAACUAAUCAUCUGUGUUCUGUUAGUAAAAAUGUUCAGCAAUGCAAGUCCAACCUGCAAAGUCCCAGUAUAAAAAAGGACCCUCCCCCAGGCAGGAAAAAGUACUUUGGACUCUAUUUAAAAAGCACGUAAAACCUUGGAAAGUCCAUAAGUCCGUCAUGGGAGGUUCUCAGGAGGCAAGGCAUGAUGUAAAAGAAUGCUGAAAAUGUUUUGCCUUCAUAUCAAUCCGACAUGAAAUUGGACAUAUUUAUAAUAUCAUAAUAUGAUAUACUAAUUGCAACCCCUUCCAACUUACCACUUGAACACUUUUCUGACUUUUACCUGCUGUGUUAAAAAAAAUUUUACCAGAAAGCUGGCAGGGAAAAGUCAGAGUAGUCAGGGUAAAGUCAGGAGGAGGAAAGUGGCAGUUUGCGUUCACCCAAAAAUUACUGAGCUCUGUUCAUGUGUGAAAACACCAAUAGUCAGUUGCUAUGUGAGUCCUCUGAAUAAUGUGAGAACUCAAUGAAUCUUCAAGUCCUCCCUCCAAAGUCACGGUACUUUCAGAAGGUACUAACUGACUUGCAGGAACCUGUUGGGUUGUAAAAAAAAGUCCCAGACUAUUUUGAGGUGGAAACGCACUGAGAACCUUCUUCAGUCCAAAGACCACGGGGAAAGUUCUGGCAGUGGACACAGCUAUAGUCUUGUUUACUCUUAGGUUGGUUUCCAACAAAAAUACACAGAACUUUUAAUGCCAGAGGUUAUUUUCAAAAAAUGAAAAGGUAGUGGUCUGUAUCUCCCCAUUGGUCUUAUGACCCAUGAGCAUGAGCAAAUGUGCUGAUGUGUAAAAAGUUUGAUGCAAGUACUCAACCAUGUUCAGCUGUGCAAGUUCCGCCCCUAAAGUCCCAGUACUUUCAGAAAGUACUACUCCCCUAGCAGGAACUUUUGGGAUGUAGAAUAAAGUCAAAGGGACAUGAAGUCUUUGGGAAAUUUUGUUUUCCAGGACUUUAUCCACCCCCUGAUUCCCAUUGUGAAAUAUGAAUACCUCCUAAGAUCAAAGUCCAUGGGGAGGGUUCCAGCAGUGGAAACGCAGCUUUAGUCUAAUUUCACUGUUUCUUUAGUUCAUUUUUGAUGCUAUUGCUGUGGAAUCUGAAAAAGUAAAUAAACUAAACAUACCCGCUGAUACAACUCAAGAGAUUAAGAUUUAUAUUCAGAUGAGCUCAGGGAACACAGCGUAGUAGCAAAGGUGCAUCACUGUGUGUCAAGUCAAUAUCAAUGAAAGUCAAUGGGUGCUUAUGUUCUGUGAAAGGCAGUGAUGUGGGCCUGUGAUUGUAAACGGGUGUUUUCAGGUUAAAAAUCACUUGAGGAUGUGCCAUGAGCCCAUCUGUGGUAGGUGUUUGUGCAAUAGUUGGGUUGGUAAAAUAAGUUGAUCCAACCUUGAGUGUCAGGUACAGGCAGUUCACUCUGGUUUAACAGAUAAUGCCCUUUUUUUUCUAUGUCCCUUUAUGUCACUUUUGUUCUACUUAUGCUUUUAUUUUCACCGUUUUCUAUCUAAUUUUGGUGUCAUACUGUGGCCUUGCAUCGCUUCAUUAGAAAAACAAUCCUUGUGGUUUCUUCUACAUUCUGUAGGGACGGUAGAUGUAAAUGUUUGUACAUUGUACAGCACCUUUAUAAAUACUUGCUGAGUGCUCUUUCUGCGGGGAAAAAAUAGAGGUAUAUUAAAAUCGCUCCAUUAUUUUUUUAUGUAAAAAAAGAGGAAAUAUUUAAAAAUGGAUUGAAAAGGAUAGACUAUGACCUUGACAUGGUGU